CAUGUCCUAUAAAUAUAACUGAGGCAGAAAUUGGGGGAAGGUUUCAGACGAUAGAACAAAUCUGUUGAAGCACAAGUGACUGAAGAUCCAGAUCAUCUACGAGACACACAAAGGACAACGGAGGAGACACAUCUAACCCUAAUCUGAAGAUGGGAGAUCCAGUCCAGUUAAAAGAUGAGGGAAAUAAACACUUUCAGGCAGGAGAUAUUGACAAAGCCAUUGAAUGUUACACCAACGCUAUCAAAGUGUGUCAGGACAAAAAAGUUCUGGCUGUCAUCUACAGGAACCGAUCAGCAUGCUACCUAAAGAAGGAAAACUAUGCAAAUGCGGUGUCUGAUGCAACUAAAGCAAUUGAUGAAGAUGCAAAAGAUGUAAAAGCCAUGUACCGCCGCUGUCAGGCUCUGGAGAAGCUUGGAAAACUGGACAUGGCUUUCAAAGAUGUGCAGAGAUGUGCAACCCUUGAACCGAAGAACAAGACCUUCCUGGAAACUCUCCGCAGGCUGGGAGCAGAAAUCCAGGCCAAGCUUAAGACAACAUUCUCCACAGACUCAAGGGUACAAAAUAUGUUUGACAUUCUCCUUGAUGAGGAAAUGGACAAAGAAAGGACAGAAAAAGCUGCCAACAACUUGAUUGUGCUGUCAAGAGAAGAUGCAGGAGCAGAGAAAAUCUUCCAGAGCAACGGAGUGGCUCUGCUCCUCAAGCUGAUCGAGACGGGAAAACCAGAGAUGAUCCUGGCUGCUGUUCGGACUUUGUCAGGACUGUGCACGGGGCACAAAGCUCGAGCCAUGGCUGUUGUUAACCUGGUUGGGGUUGAUAAAAUUUGCAGCAUCAUGGCACUUGACAAUGAAGAAAUUGCACUGGCAACCUGCAACCUCUUUCAAUGCAUCAACGACUCCCUCACUGGUGCAGAUAUGAGGGAUUAUGGGAAGGAAGCCUCUUUAGUGUUGGAUGCAUCAAAAGAUUUGAGAACUAUUCUUCUUGCUCUUCUGGAGAUGAUUGGAAACAAAAAGGUGUCUGGCCAUGGCAGAGACCAGGCUCUAAACCUGCUGAGCAAAAACGUACCCCGCAAAGACAUGAAAGAGAAAGACCACUCCAAGACCCUCUUCACUAUAGAUCAUGGUCUGAAGAAAAUCCUGAAGGUUUGCGGUCAGGUUCCUGAAUUGCCGGACCAGCUGCCCUUGACAGAGAACACACAGCUGAUUGCUAGUGUGCUUCUCAACAAACUCUACGAUGAUCUCAAAUGUGACCCGGAGAGGACAAACUUCAAGGACGUUUGUAAUGAAUACAUCAAAUCCAAAAUUGACCCUCAAAACAUGGACAAGACCCUCCAUGCUAUCAACGCCAUCUCAGGACUGCUGCAAGGUCCCUUUGAUGUUGGGAACUCUCUGGUGGGACAGCAGGGCAUCAUGGAGAUGAUGGUGGCACUGUGCGGCUCUGAGCGUGAGGUGGACCAGAUGGUGGCUGUAGAGGCGCUGAUCCACGCCUCCACAAAGAUGAGCCGUGCCAGUUUCUUCAUAACUAACGGCGUGUCUCUGCUGAAGGACAUCUACAAGAAGACAAAGAACGAGAAGAUAAAAAUCCGUGCUCUAGUGGGUCUCUGCAAACUGGGUUCAGCAGGAGGUGAUGAUUACAGCUUGAGGCAGUUUGCUGAAGGCUCCACAGAGAAGCUGGCCAAGCAGUGCCGGAAGUGGCUCUGUAAUCCUCAGAUUGACUCCAAAACAAGGAAGUGGGCCGUUGAAGGUCUGGCUUAUCUGACUAAUGAUGCUGACGUGAAAGACGACUUUGUGGAAGAUGAGCUUGCACUGAAAGCAAUGUUUGAACUGGCUAAGUCUAAGGAUAAGACAAUCAUCUAUGCAGUUGCUUGUGCACUGGUGAACUGCACCAACAGCUAUGACAAGAAGGAAAUCAUCCCCGAGAUGGUCCAACUAGCCAAGUUCUCUAAACAGCACGUUCCAGAGCAACACCCCAAGGACAAGAAAGACUUCAUAGAGAAAAGAGUGAAACGGCUGCUGAAGGCAGGAGUCACGUCAGCUCUUGCUGUCAUGGUCAAAGCGGACAGUUCUAUCCUGACUGACCAGACCAAGGACUUGCUCGCAAGGGUUUUCUUGGCAUUAACAGAGGAUCCCAAAGAUCGUGGUACAAUUGUUGCUCAAGGUGGUGGAAAGGCUCUGAUUCCACUUGCUCUUGAAGGUAUGGAAUCAGGAAAGGUGAAAGCAAGCUAUGCCCUUGCUAAAAUAGCAGCUGCAACGAACCCAGAAAUUGCUUUUCCUGGUGAGCGGGUGUAUGAAGUGGUACGGCCUUUGGUCAACCUGCUGCACACGGACAGAGAAGGAGCACAGAACUACGAAGCUCUGAGGGGUCUCACUAACUUGGCUGGUUACAGCGAAAAGCUAAGGGUGAAAAUAAUUAAAGAGAAAGCUUUGGCAGAGAUUGAGAACCACAUGUUUGAGGAGAAUGAAAGGAUCCGACUGGCUGCUACUGAAUGCAUGUGCAACCUUGUAACAUGUAAAGAGGUCCAAGCCCGUUACCUUGAAGAUGGAAAUGAUAAGCUGAAGCUGCUGGUGCUGCUUUGUGGAGAAGAUGAUGACAAACUUCAGAUAGCUGCUGCUGGAGCUCUGGCCAUGAUCACUGCUGCUGAGAAGAAGCUCUGCUCCAAAAUGACCCAAGUGACGGUGCAGUGGCUGGAGAUCCUUCAGAGGUUAUGUCUCCACGACAACCCCAAGGUCCAGCAUCGUGGUCUUGUUAUUGUCUACAACAUGCUGAACUCUGAUGACAAUGAGCUGGCCAAAAAACUGAUUGAGAGCGAGCUGCUGGAAAUCCUCUCAGUGAUCGGCAAAGCAGAGGAUAAUCCCAAGAGGCAGGAACCCAUUGAUGUUGCUCGCACAUGUCUGAUCAGAGCCAUGGACCUCGGGCUCAUCAAACCCUUCACUGGUCCUUCUUAAAGUGCUAAAAACUACAGCGAACUAAUGUACAUGUUUCCUUUAGUUAAGAAGAGACCCUUAAAGAUUUUUUCAAAUGAUUCAUAAUCUGCCUCCAAAAGUAUUUUUUAUAAUCUCUCAAAGUAUAAAUCUGUUUUUAAGAUGUUUAACUUUGGAAGUGUAAUGAGUUAAAAAUUAUUUUCUAUAAUGAAUAAUUUCAUGUUUCAUGUUUUUUAUCCAGUUUGUCCAAAAAAAAAAAAAUAAAUAAAAUAAACACAAGCUA